AUGCAAAAAGAUAUAUCCAGACGAUCCGGUACUAUCACUAACUAUAUAUGUACAAAUAAUACACAGGUAACAACAGCGCCAUUUCGCGUGAGACAAAAUGGAGGACGUUUCGGUGGAAGAUGGAGAGGGGUACCUUCCUUAUCUCUAAAUGACAAUGCUUCUGUUCAUCCAUCAUCAUCAUCGUCCUCAACACAUAACCAUCAUUCUAUAAGAGGUGGAAAGAUGCAUCGUCAUCAUCACAAAAUAGAACGAGAAGAUAUCAAGAAAUUACCACAUAACUGCCAGGAACUUCCUUCUGAGCAGCUAUCCCAACUAAGUUUAGAGGGUGAAGUGAUUGACAUCCAAGAAGGCUAUGGCUGCCCACCUUCGUAUGUUAUGGAGAGCUAUCGUAUCCAGAUAGAGUUGACUUCAGCACGAUAUCGUUGUCGACCUUUUAAAGAUAAUUCUAACUCAGCAAUACCGGUUUCUGUAAACGACAGGAAGAUAGCUCAUCGCGAACAUGACUCAUUGCAAACAUUACGAGACAGGUUGGAAAAGCAGUUGGAAGAAGAAAACUAUGAAUGCAUGAUUUGCUGUCAAGUUAUCCAUGCUAAUCAGUGGAUAUGGAGUUGCAAAAAAUGCUACCAUAUGUUCCAUAUUAAUCGUGCAAAUUCAUAUGGUUGCAUAACACAGUGGGCGGCUAAAAGUUUCAAAGCAGAUGUUGGCUGGCGCUGUCCAAGUUGCCAGAAUGUUACUUUCGAACUUCCUAAACAGUAUCGAUGCUUCUGUACUAAAAAACUUAAUCCUCCAACACAAAGAUUCCCAGAUAUGCCUCACUCAUGCAAUGCAAUUUGUGGAAAAAUCCGUGGUGCCGGUUGCAUUCAUCCGUGUACCGAUCAGUGUCAUCCAGGACCUUGUUCAGAAUGUCCGCUUACGAUUACUCAAAGGUGCAAUUGUGGUCGGCAGAUUAUUGCUGGUCGCUGCGGUAAACAGCUGGAAUUUAAGUGUUUGAUGGUGUGCGGAAAGAUGCUCAGCUGCGGAUUACACAAAUGCGAAGUUAUUUGUCACCAAGGAGAAUGUAAUGCUUGUGAGCAUGUCGUUACCCAAAAAUGUUUUUGUGGUCUCGAAGAGCGUAUCGUACCAUGUACAGUUUUGAAUUUAAAGGUCACUUCAUUUAGUUGUGGUGCUCCAUGCACUGGGAUGUAUGCAUGUGGUGUACAUAAAUGCGAACUCAGAUGUCAUGACAAACACGGAAGGGAUAAUUGUGGAUUGUGCAGUUUAUCGCCGAAAAAGAAGGAAUAUUGUCCAUGUGGACGGACACUAAUUGCAGAGCUAGGGAAGCUGGCACGAACAUCGUGCACUGAUCCAAUUCCCACGUGCAAAAAUGUUUGCGGCAAAGUUCUAGCCUGUGGUCCAGAAGAUAAGCCGCAUCAAUGUAUGCAGCUGUGUCAUGUAGGAUCUUGUUCUUGGUGUCCUUCAAGUUCUUUAAUAAGUUGCAGAUGUAAAGGCGUGAAAAAAGUAAUACUGUGUAAGGAAUUUGUCCUCUACUCAGCCGAAAAUCCAUAUCUUUGUGUGCGGCGGUGUAAAAAAUUGAAGACCUGUCAGAGUCAUCGAUGCCGUGCUAUUUGUUGCGUUGAUAAGGAGCAUUUCUGUAUGCAGAUCUGCGGCAAAAAACUGAAUUGUGGAAUUCAUAAUUGCGAUCGAUUAUGUCACGUUGGGCAAUGUUCUCGAUGUUUGCAAGCAAGUUUCGAGGAGCAAUACUGUUUGUGUGGACAGACCGUCCGUGAACCACCUAUUCCGUGCGGUACAUCACUACCACUUUGCAAUCGACCAUGCUCACGGCAACAUUCUUGUGAUCAUCCUCCUAUGCACAAUUGCCAUGCUGAAUCUGAAUGUCCGCCUUGUACUGUGCUUACUCAAAAACCGUGUUACGGUGCACACGAGAUUCGCGCAAAUAUCCCAUGCUUUUUAAACGAUGUUUCUUGUGGACGCCCAUGUAAUAAGGAACUGUUGUGCAAUGUACAUCGCUGUAAACGAAUUUGCCAUGCAGGACAGUGUUUGGUAAACAAUACUUCAUGCCAGCAACCAUGUACUAAAAGAAGAGUUGAAGAAGCUUGUGAUCACAUUUGUGGCCUUCCAUGUCAUGGCGAUACCUCUUGUCCCAAAAGUUAA